AUGUCACCGUACUGGAGCAGAAGUUCGACGUACGCUAGACCUAAAAAUCGAUACUUCGAGUCGUCUUAUCUCCAAAUGGCUCCGCGUGUCUAUUCAGAUGACGAGGACGCGCCUCCACGACGUCCUAAACGGGUUGCUGUGCCAUCUGCCAAGGCUCAUGUUGCCGCUAAUGCUGCACCCUCGCACAUCCAAACCCCCAUCACUGUCACUGACUUUGAUGAGGAUGAUAGUGACAUUGAAUCACUUCACAGCAAAACAAGACGGCUCAUGAAAGGCAAAAAACGCGCUCGUGCUGCUGCCGACGGCAACAGUGAAGGGGCUGAACUGGAGCCAGAUAGCCUCCUGAAUGAGGCACUGCCAUCCGCAACUAUCAAUCCACCACAGGCUCCCGCUAUCGUUGACGACGAACUUGAUGCCGACGGAUUUCUAAAGGAUGUGCAAGUUAUGGACAUCGAUGAGCCCAAAAAGUCGCGCCAAGAGCAGCGAAGCCGCGACAUCAAUAAAAUUUUUUCAGCACCUUAUUCUGGCGAUAAAGGCAAGAAGUAUCGUCAUUGCGUGCUAUGCAGCAAAAAAACGAAGAAACCUGUUGCUUUUGUCAACGAAAUAACAACCAUGCGCCAUCACAUGGACACUUUGCAUCGGGACUAA